AUGCCUCGAGACUCCGGUGCCUCGACACAGCAGCCACCGUCCAAGGUUCAGCAGCCCAAGCCGCAGGCACUUCCCAACAGGUCUGGCCCGUCGGCCAUACUCGUCUCGACAAGACAAAAGGGCAAUCCGAUUUUGAACCACAUCAAGCUACUGCCAUGGGAAUACGCGGAUAUCCCAGCCGACUAUGUGAUCGGAAACACCACCUGUGCUUUGUUUCUUUCACUAAAAUACCACCGAUUACACCCCGAGUACAUCUACUCGCGAAUUCGUCUUCUAGCCGGCAAAUAUUUGUUACGGAUCAUAUUGGUUAUCGUGGAUAUCCCAAACCAUGAAGACAGCCUGAAGGAGCUCUCCAAGACGUCAAUAGUCAACAACAUGACGCUGAUCCUUUGCUGGUCCGCACCCGAAGCUGCGCACUAUCUUGAGUUGUUCAAAUCAUCCGAAAAUUCUCAACCAACUGCUAUUCGCACACAACAAGCCCAGUCGUACAAGGAAUCACUUGUCGAGUUUGUUACGACACCACGAAGCAUCAACAAGUCGGAUGCAGCAAGCCUGAUAUCCACGUUUGGGAGUUUGCAGAAUGCUAUCAAUGCGCAACCAGAGCAGAUCAGUGCAGUGCCCGGAUGGGGUGAGAAAAAGGUCAGGCAGUGGUCUACUACAGUAAGAGAAGGCUUUAGGGUGGAAUCGGCGAAGAGGACCACUAGACCUUCAAAAAUGGCCGAAAACCAAGCAAUAGAGACCGUUGCGGGUCAAGAGAUUACGGGAGCAACCCGGUUGGAAUCAUCAGAAAACGUUGACGAAGAAACACUUCUAGCUGGGGAAGACAAUCGAUUACCGGAAACGGGUCUAAGGGAGGAGAUGAGUGAAGGCAUCAUGGCAGCCCUGGCAAAGUAUCGAGGAAACGGUGGUUGA